AGGAAAGUGCUUUUCGGAGUCCUGGGCGGGCGCGAGCCACGGAGCUGCAGUUGCAGCAGUAGCGGCAGCCUGGCUUGCGCGCGCGCGCUAUUCAGAGGGGGUCCUUUAGCGGCAUCCGUCUCCCCACCCCACCUCCAAGUUCUGAUAGCCUUUUCUGUUCUUUUGAAAUUUUCAUUAUUAUUUUUUUAAUUUGGGCCAUCGCAUGAUUUGAACGCAGAGGGGGAAAAGGCAGGAUGUCUCGCAGGGCUCGCUGGUAAGUUGCAUUUGAGGCGGGGGGCGGGAAAAGAGAAUAUUGCAGCUGUUUUUGGAGGCAUCGUUUAGCGUGGGUUGGAAAGGUGGUGGGAAAUCCGUUCCCCGCCUGUUUUUUGUUCCUUUCUCUCCUCUCCCCCCACCCUUCCGCCCCAAACUGAUUGACCUACCGUCCACGGUAGUGGAGCAUGCACAGGGAUAGAUCUGUAAAAUUAUAUCGCGGAUGAUUUAUUUGCCGCGAUCUGAAAGGGAGAAAGCUGCUUAAAGCUGCUUUAAAGGUGCUUAAAAUGGCCCGCGUGAAUUUGCAAGGGCGGGGAGAGGAACUUAGCUCUUUUUUGCGCCAAGCGGUGCGGGAGGGAGAAAGGAAGAGCGUCACUCUGCUUUCCCUAGUGAUCUGUUUUGUCCUUUUUUCAUCAUCAUUGUUAGUAUUAAGCUGAUCCUUUUGCAAGGAAGAGCAGUUCGGUUAUGAAAGUGAUCGUGGGCCACAGUCUGGAGCGGGACCCCCCCCCCCCCCCAGAUCUUGUUUAGAGGCCUUCUGAUGCUAAAGCAAGGAGAGGAACUGAUAACGAGCUGGCAAAGACUGGGUGGUGGACCUAAUGGUUGUUAUAUGAGGACUGUCAGGUCCAACUACCAGGUGGGGGUAGUUGGGAAAGCUGUGAAAAAUCAUGGCUUAUGGCUGCAUCCUAAACUCACUUUACUGGGCGGUAGGCCCCACUGAAUUCAAUAGCGCUUACUUCUGAGUAGACACACUGUAUCUGUGAGGAGACUACUGGGAAUGUUCUGGCCAUUUAGGGUGCUGUGAGUUUGACCAAGCUGCGGGAGGCAGUGGAAGACAGGAGUGCCUGGCGUGCUCUGGUCCAUGGAGUCACGAAGAGUCCAAUAAACAACAACAAGAAUGAUGAUGUGUGAAAGACAGAAUGGCAUUACUUAUACUAUUUGGUGUUGCGUUUAUAGCUCACGUUUUCCCCAAGGUGUUUAAAAUGGUGUGCAUGGAUCUCCCCUUUCCCUGUUGAGCCGCACAGCAAGUUACCUGUGAGGUGCAUUAGGUUGGGAGACCAACCAUCAUGGUUGAGGGGGAAUUUGGACCCUGGUCUAGUCUAACACUCUAAAUAAGCACUGCACAUGUAAGUGGCCUAGAUGCCUGCUUUGGGGCCAAACUAGGGAUGUGGAAGGACGCGGAUGGUGCUAUGGGUUAAACCACAGAGCCUAGGACUUGCCGAUCAGAAGGUUGGCAGUUCGAAUCCCGGUGAUGGGGUGAGCUCCUGUUGCUCGGUCCCUGCUCCUGCCCACCUAGCAGUUCGAAAGCACGUCACAGUGCAAGUAGAUAAAUAGGGGAAGGUGGGAAGGUGAACGGCGUUUCCGUGCGCUGCUCUGGUUCGCCAGAAGCGGCUUAGUCAUGCUGGCCACAUGACUGUAGUCAUGCUGUAUGCCGGCUCCCUCGGCCAAUAAAGCGAGAUGAGCACCGCAACCACAGAGUAGGUCACGACUGGACCUAAUGGUCAGGGGUCCCUUUACCUUAGGGAUGUGGAACCUGUGGCCCAAGGACGUGGGUUGGCUUCCAGUUCCCAUUAACCCCAGCUAGCGAGGCCAAUGGUCAGGAGUGAGGGAGUUGUAGUCCAACAACAUCUGAGGUUCUUGGACUUACCAGCCCUGGCCUAAGCUGCUUUGCCCACUAGAAAUAUUUGUUCAGGGGUCUUUUUGAAUCCUUCAGUAAAAAUAUUCAUGAAUAUUCUAACUGGCUGAGAGAUUGGAUGAUGUUUUUACCUAGCCCUAGCGGCGGUGGUUUAAUUUAGUUUAUUUGGUUGGGUGUAUAUCCCACUUGAUCUUGAGGACUUGGGCGAGUCAUAUAGUGACUUGGUGAGUCAUACGGUGACUGUUCCAUCAAAACUCUGGCUACCAAAAAUAUGUUGGAAUAACAAUGUCGUGUACUUUGGUAAGUCUCCAGAGGGAGACAAUUCCAAAGAUCAGGACAGCAGCCGGAUUUGCAAACGGAAUCAGUGGUUUUGAAUUAACAUAUAAAAUUACCAUAUUUUUUGUUCUAUAACAUGCACCCGACCAUAACACGCACGUAGUUUUUAGAGGAGGAAAACAAGAAAAAAUAUAUUCUAAAUUAAACAGUGGAUGUAUGAGUUUUGUGGUUCAUGCUGUGGCCACAGACAUGUGAUCUGACAGUGAAUUUGGAGUAGCCCAAUGCAAAAAUCCUGAGGAUCCAUGUGGAUCCGUGCUUUGUAACCACGUUUUAAGUGGGGAGGGAAGGAAAAGCACUCAAGGGACAAGGAGCACGCGUGGGGUGUGUGGAGAAGGAUGCUGCUAAUAAUGCAGGCGAGGGGUUUAAGGGGAGAAGGAACACGCGUGGGGUGGGUGGAGAAGGAUGCUGCUAAUAAUGCAGGCGAGGGGUUUAAGGGGAGAAAAAGCACGCGUGGGGUGGGUGGAGAAGGAUGCUGCUAAUAAUGCAGAAGAGGGGUAUAAGGGGAGAAGGCUCCUCUCCCACUUUGCUCCUUUAAAGCAAGCAGGCUCUGCUUUUCUCCCUCCUCCCCGCUCAUCCCUGGCUUAGCGAGCUGAAAAACUUUGCUGCUAUGUAGCGAGCUGAGUGGGGAGGAGAGAGGGACAGAGAGCCUGCUUGCUUUAAAGGAACCAACCAGACAGGAGCCGCUUACACUCGUGUAAGUGGCUCCUCUCCUCUCCUGCUUUGCUCCUUUAAAGAAGCAGGCUCUCUGUCCCUCUCUCCUCCCCACUCAGUGGCUCUUCUCCCGCUUUGCUGUUUCAAAGCAAGCCACGGAGGAGGGAAGGAAGGGGAACCAUGGAUCCUCUGCUCACGACUGCAGCAGAUCCCCCCCCCCCCGCCACCCGUAGGCAUUCCCUCCAUAACACGCACAGACAUUUCCCCUUACUUUCUAGGAGGAAAAAAGUGAGUGUUAUGGUGCAAAAAAUACGGUAUAUAUGGAGCCUUCUCCCCCACUGCUUCUUGUUCUCUGUUUCUUAACCUUUUACUUCUGUCUAAAGCUGCAAUUCUGAACUCUCCUUACUUUCUAGUAAGUCCCACUAAAUGUCUUAUGAGGGCACAUGCUUACGGCCACUUAUUUUUAUUUUAUUUAUUGAAGUGUUUGUAAUCCGUCCUUUCCAUAAAGGUACAAAAGUUACAGUAAAAACAGUCAAAAACAUUAGUACUGAUUGGGUAAAAGGGGAAAUUCAUGUUGCAGCGGCCUGUCCAAACAAUAGUACAGUUUUCAGAAGUUACCUAAAAGCAGGCCUGGGUGGUUACUGCUGAAGGAUCGAUAGCUCAGACACUUAAUCUCAGGGUACUGGAUUUGAGCCCCAUGUUGGGCAAAAAGAUUCCUGCAUUGUAGGGGUUGGACCAACUGUACAAUUCUAUAGUUCUGUGAUUCUGCUGGUAGCAAAUUCUAUAGGGCAGGGCCUGCCACACUAAAGCCUCAGCCCCAGUGAAGUUCAGCUGAACCUCAUGGGUGCAGAAGAUUUUGGAGAUCGAGGUAGAGCAUAAGGAGUCCGGUCCUUAAACUACUUUGUCCUCAAGUUGUUUAGGACUUUGUGAAUUACCACAAGUGCAUUGAACCUGGCCCUGUAGCAAACCAGCAGAUGCAUGCUCAUGUUCACAAUGAAGGAAGUUUAAGUAUUUGUUUUUAUCUACUUACCUAUCUUUCUCCUUUGUAUUGUUUCAAUGGGUUCUGAGGUAUGGGCUGGAGAUUCUAGUCAGUGGUAGAAUAUGGGUGGGGGGGGUAAUUAAAAAUCUGUAAAGCAAGAUAGUUACAUGCUCUUUUUUCCCAUUUGCUUUUAAAUUUUGUUUGCAAUAGUGAAGAGCAAGAUCAAUUGCAUUACCAAGAUUCAGAUGCAUCUGAACGGCGGGAUAACAGAUGCAAAGUCAAGUGGUCACGUGAAGAGGUAUGUCAUGUGUAGAUUGUGUUGAGGAAAGUAGGGAUUGUGGCCUUGGGGAGCUUAGCUGAAUGGAAAACACUUUGUUGACGUGCGGUAUGUGCUACUUUGAAAAUCCUUACAUGGGAAUGGACUGCAUUAUUUGCCUAUUCCAGCCAUGUUCCUCUCUUCUCUCCUGCUGCUUUCCCUACUUUCAUGAGGACUAGAAACGUGCUUUUAAAUGCAAACAAGCCCAGACAUUCUCCGGAGGCCAGAGUUCUGUGCUUAAAGUAUUGCAUGUCAAAUUGUUGGAAUACACAUAGCAUUACUUGUCCCAAAUUGGCCAAACUGAGUGGGAAAAAAUAUGAACCAAUGGAUUUGUGUGUGUGUGUGUGUGUGUGUGUGUGUGUAUGUAUGUAUGUAUCUUGUUAAAGACUGGGCCUUUAUCACCAUCUUAGCUAUUGUGCCAUGACGAGAGGCUCCUGGAGCAACUGUGAAAUAGGCAUUCUGUCCCUGACAAAUAAGAUGGAGCUUAUUUGUCCUGCUUUCCGCUAUAGCACCCUGCUACUUCAGAGUGCAAGGGAUGCGGGUGGUGCUGUGGGUUAAACCACAGAGCCUAGGACUUGCAGAUCAGAUGGUCAGCGGUUCGAAUCCCCGUGACGGGGUGAGCUCCCGUUGCUCAGUCCCUGCUCCUGCCAACCUAGCAGUUCGAAAGCACGAAGUGCAAGUAGAUAAAUAGGUACCGCUCUGGCGGGAAGGUAAACGGCAUUUCCGUGCGCUGCUCUGGUUCGCCAGAAGUGGCUUAGUCAUGCUGGCCACAUGACCCGGAAGCUGUACGCCGGCUCCCUCGGCCAACAAGGCGAGAUGAGCGCCGCAACCCCAGAGUCGGUCACGACUGGACCUAAUGGUCAGGGGUCCCUUUACCUUACUUCAGAGUGCAACAUAAGACCUAGUUUCUAGCUAGCAGCUCUGUUUUCUGGGUGGCACAUCGAAGUAUUUGGAAUGCUGUGUUGAAGGUCAAACCUCUGUUCCUUUCCUUACCAUGCUAUAUCUCAUGAUGUCAUGGUGUCACGACUUCUGUUUUGGUAAAUUAUGUUAUUUUGUUCCUGAAAUACAUAACUUAGGUAAUGAAACAACAUACUGUAUAUGUUACUUGUGUGCCAAAGCUGAUGGCUUUGCUUUUUUGCAGGAUGAGCUCUUGAAUUCACUGGUGACACAGUUUGGACAUGACUGGAAGUUCCUAGCAAGCCAGUUUCCUGUAAGUGGAGUUUUUCAACAGAGUGGAAGGUUUUGCUGAUGGGGUGUUUUGGAGCAGAGAGGGGUAUGGCAGAGUUGCAAAAGAUCAAGCUGCUAGUUAAAAACAAACAUCUCUGCCUAAUACUUUUGGUUUCUCUUUAUGCCUGCCUUAUCAAUCUUCACUUUAGCAUGUACUUAUUUACAUUUGCUCAUAGAACCGCACUGAGCAGCAGUGUCAAUAUCGCUGGCUUCGGGUGCUAAACCCUGUCCUGGUUAAAGGCCCUUGGACUAAACAAGAAGAUCAGAAGGUAACUAUUUCUCAACAUGUGUCUCUUAUAGUUGAAGAAAUUAGAAUUCCAUCUUGCAGGUAGAAUCUCUCUAGAAUCCCAGUAUUUGAAAGAUCCUGCAGUAUUGGCUGCCGCUCUUCAUCUAUCAAAUACAGGGUCUAUUUUGUCCGUGGUACAGAUUCCUAACCCUAGCAGCUUUCUGGUAAGACUCUGAUUUGAUUCUUAAAUAUCCUCCUUAAAAACGCGCAGAGCACCAUGCUGUCUUAACUCUCCACCAUCAGCUGCUAUCCUAAGCUUGCAGUCCUGUGUGCUUUUACGAGGGAGUAAGUUUCUGCGAAAUAGGCUUGCACCUUUAGUAACUUGGUAAUGUUUGUUUGUACACUCCAUGCAGCCAUUGCACUGUCCUUAGGAUAAGGUAAUUCUGGUUGCUCGGUAGAAAUCGAACACGAAUUACCUUACGCUAAUGGAUGUUAAGUUGGGCAAUUGUGAAACAGCAAUGUAUUAAUAGGGUAGCAAGCAAAGAAACUCAUAUUAUUGUCUCAGUGUAACUGUUGAGCGGCGCUGCGGUGUGGGAUGGUGAGAUCUACACCCCCCCUCCCGCAAUUCAAUGACUGCGUGGAGCCUGCACACACACAACUACACACACUGGAUAUUCUCAACCCAGUUGGGAGCUCUGCUUUUGCAAGCUACCCAGGUUUAUUGAGAGAGCCAUUUGCAUGUAAUUGUACAUGCACAGGCUCCCUGCAGCUAUUCAGUUGAAUCCUACACUCUUGCACUGAACUCAGAAGAAUUUUUCUUCUGGGUAGAAUCAUAGAAUGAUAGAGUUGAACAUAUGCACAGUGAAGAGGGAUGCAGGUGGUGCUGUGUUCUUAACCACUGAGCCUUUUGGGCUUGCUGAUCAGAAGAUUGGCGGUUCGAAUCCCCACAAUGGGGUGGGCUCCCGUUGCUCUGUCCCAGCUCCUGCCAACCUAGCAGUUCAAAAGCACGCCAGUGCAAGUAGAUAAAUAGGUACCGCUGCGGCGGAAAGGUAAAUGGAGUUUCUGUGUGCACUGGCUUCCGUCACAGUGUUUCGCUGUGCCAGAAGCGGUUUAGUCAUGCUGGCCACAUGACCUGGAAAACUGUCUAUGGACAAACGCUGGCUCCCUCAGCCUGAAAGCAAGAUGAGCGCCGCAACCCCAUAGUCGCCUUUGACUGGACUUAACAGUCCAGGGGUCCUUUCCCUUUUCCCUUUAAUGCACAGUGAGGAUGGAGUCUGCCACCGUGAUCACACAGUGAUUAACAAUUCGUCCUUUCCCCCCUUAUGAGGUCACUGAAUUAGUGAAGAAGUAUGGCACAAAGCAAUGGACGCUCAUAGCCAAGCACUUGAAAGGCCGGCUGGGCAAGCAGUGUAGAGAACGCUGGCACAACCACCUGAACCCGGAGGUGAAAAAGUCAUCGUGGACAGAGGAAGAAGACCGUAUCAUUUGUGAGGCUCACAAGGUUCUGGGGAACCGCUGGGCUGAAAUUGCAAAGUUGCUUCCUGGGAGGUAGGUUCCUUACGGACCUUUGCAUUCUUCUGUCCCAUACUGGGAUGGAUCUAUCAAACAAGAAAAUGGAGGAGGUUGGUGGGUGGCCAUCUGCUUUGCAUGCAGAAGAUCCCAGGUUCAACCCCUGGUGCCGGGAGAAAGCCCUGUCUAGCACUCUGGAGAGUCACUGGCAAUCAGUGUAGACAUCAUUAACCUAGAUGGACCAAUCAAUGGUCUGACUUGGCCCAAGGCAGCUUCGUCUGUUCCUAGGAUGCUUCUCCUCUUGUGAGUCACUUUUCAAUGAUGUGUGUGCGCUUUCUACUUUACAGGACAGACAAUGCUGUGAAAAACCACUGGAAUUCCACAAUCAAAAGGAAGGUGGAGACAGGAGGCUUUCUUAGUGAAGCAAAAGACUCUAAGCCCCUCUAUCUCCUGGUGGAGGUGGAAGGAAAGGAAAGCCAAACUGCACAAGAAGUCGAAAGCCAGGUAUUGCAAAGCAUUUUUAUGUCUCUGAAAACUUUAUUAAACAGAGAAUAUAUUUAGGCAAACUUCCAGGUGAUAGUGCCACAAUAUUCUAUACAGCCUUAAAUUAAUUUGCUUUUUUUUGGUACGUUGGAAUAAGGUUGCAAACUUCGGUUUUACAUUUGUAAAGCAUCUUGCAAAAUCCACUCAUUUUUUUAAUCAGGGAUCCAAACGGCAGAUGAAAGCAGGAGCUUUCUUUGUAGUCAAGAUGCUGGUUUUGGAAUCAAUGAAGGCAGAACUGUUUGCAUCAUAACUGCUCAACUUCUUCUCAUUUGCAUUUUGUAAUCCAACAGGAGUUGGCACCGAAGCGUCAAAAUAAAUCUUUAACAACAUAAUCCUCAUAUAUCAAGAACUGGUCCGUGGGGUUAGGAUUGCGGCCUCAUUUAGAUGCUUCGGAAAUGUUUCAUGACUUUGUGCUUUUACUGUGAAGGGUGUGAUUUAGCACUGCUGAAUACUGUUUUGGACAUUGGCUCAUGAUUUUAUUCCCUGAUUUUGCAGCCUUGAUGCUCUUUGAGUGCAGCUGUGUACUUGAUUUGCUUUUAUUGUUGUUGUGUAGUAGUCACACAAAUCCUCAUUUGCUUUCCACAGCAAACCUUGUUGACAGACUGGCCUGUUCAGGCCUUGGAAAUAAAGCAGGAGGUAGCCAUGGAUGAAGAAUCUGUUGGCCUGCCAAAGCUGCCUCCUGAGCAACUCCCAGAAAGCCUGGCGGACGACAGUAUCGCGGGAGCAUCAGAAAACACAGUGCCUGACAGUGACCUGAAGGAAGUCUCAUCUCAGUACACAUGGGUGGUUGAAGCAGGCAGUUAUUUAUGCACCUCUACGGCCCCAGCUAUUACAGAAGCUCUGGACAUGAUUGAAUCUGUAAGAAGUGGAUUGAUGUCUAUUUUUGUAGUACGUUCAGGGAUGAGGAGUUUGCAUGUAGGCUUUGCUCAUCAUAGGGUCUUUUGUGCUAUGAUCAUAAUCACGUCAAGUUUACUUGUACAGUGGUACCUCUGGUUAUGAACUUAAUUCGUUCUGGCGGUCCAUUCUUAACCUGAAACUGUUCUUAACCUGAGGUACCACUUUAGCUAAUGUGGCCUUCCGCUGCCUCCGCCACGUGAUUACUGUUCUCAUCCUGAGGUAAAAUUCUUAACCUGAGGUACUACUUCCGGGUUAGCAGAGUCUGUAACCCAAGGUGUUUGUAACCUGAGGUACCACUGUAUGCCACUUCUCCUUGGUAGAGCCAUGCUCAAAGCAGCUCACAGCAACAUGCAGAAUAAAAUAUAACAACGUUUCAAGAUAAUGCUCUUAACAGUGGUUCCCUAUUAUCAAAGUGCUGUUUUUUUUUUGCAAAAGCUAAGCCUUGGACGCCCUACUUUUGAAAAUUUUGAUAUCUCUAUGGUAGUUUUUGUUACGUGAAUGGUGCCGUGAAACCCCUUGGUGGGUUACGCAGACCCCCAAUUGGGAACCACUACUCUAACAGCUACAACACAAUUUAAACACCAAUAUCAAUAGGGCCAACAAACAUCUCAAGUUAAUCACCCGCCCUGUGGAACGCCCUCCCACCAGAUGUCAAAGAGAAAAACAAUUACCAGUCUUUUAGAAGACAUCUGAAGGCAGCCCUGUUUAGGGAAGCUUUUAAUGUUUAAUGUACCGUAUUUUAAUAUUCUGUUGGAAGCCACCCAGAGUGGCUGGGGAAACCCAGUCAGAUGAGUAGGGUAUAAAUAAUAAAUAAAUAAAUUAUAAUUAUAAUUAUUAUAAUAAUUAUUAUAUCAUCACUGUAACAGUGACUAACUAUAAAAUACAAAGCAUCCAAACAGCAGCACAAACAAUCCCCUCCCCACCUUAUCGGCAGGGAAUUGGCACAGUGAGGGCGGUCGUAGUUGAGGUGUGAAAAAACUGCUUGGUGCAGCAAAAGAGAAUUUUCUUCCCUUUUCAUGAAUGUGGGGCCAUCCAUUGAUGCUGAAUGGGGUGGCAGGUUCAGGGCAGACAAAAGUGAGGCCUUCUUCACACAGCACAUAGUUAAACUAUGGAGUUUUUCUUCCAUGGCAUGGGGCGAUAGCCACUAUAGAGGCGGGUUAGGCAAAUUCAUGGAGGAUAAAGGCUAUCAAUGUCUACUAGUCAUGGUGGCUGGAUGCUACUUCCAAUCUCAGAAGCUGCUGGGGAACACGAGCAGGAGGUUGGUGUUGCAUUCAUGUCCUGCGUGCAGGCCUUCCUUAAGCCUUCCGUUGGCCACUGUGGGGAACAGAAUGGUUAUUAGAUAUCCAUUUGGUCUGAUCCAGCAGGGAUCCUUUAAUGUUCUUGGAAGCACUUUCCCUCCCUCUAGUUUACUGCUGGUUUUUAGUAUUUAUGACUGAGACAAUUUAAAACUGGCCUUCCAUUAUAUGUAAAACGAAACCCAGCUAUGCUGCAUUUUUUUCCAGUGUCGGGUAUUGAUUUUUGAAGCAAAGUUUGUAAAUGAUUGGGGCACAGGUUUUUUGCACUUAAGUUCCCAUUCAAAUCAAGAGGACUUACCGUAUUUUUCGCUCUAUAGGACGCACUUUUUCCCCUCCAAAAAUGAAGGGGAAAUGUGUGUGUGUCCUAUGGAGCGAAUGCAGGCUGUCGCUGAAGCCUGGAGAGCGAGAGGGGUCGGUGCACAGCGCGCCCCGGGCUUCGGGCAGGGAUCCGCAAGCCUUGGGAUCUGCAAGCAGCGCUCCCCCCCCCGCCAGCCCCAAAGAGCAGGUCGAAAGGAACCCAAAGCCUCCAGUCUUCGGGUGAACGCACCUUGAACGCACAGAACGCACCUUGUUUUAGAGGGGGAGAACAAGAAUUUUUUUUCCCUGUUCUCCCCCUCCUAUGGUCCGGUGCGUCCAAUAGAGUGAAAAAUACGGUAAGUUAGAUGUUAAGUUAGCUUUUCUACAUGAAUUUGAAUGGGAUCUCUGUGAAAAUAACUUGCUCCAUAUCCAAGGCCUAAGGUUCCAGUACAUAGCUCGUGCACUUGGUUUGCAUUGAAAUUGCUCAAAUCUACUUGUGCCAAGUUAUUCUGCCACCCAUUCUGCUCUGCCACAUUCUUUGUCUGCAGUUUUAUCCUCCCAAACGUUUUGACCUUUCCUAUUCUGGCAGGACCCAGAUGGUUGGUGUGAUCUGUUUCAAUUUGACCUCCCUGACUACCUGUCUACAAGUAACAGCAGCAGCCCAGAUAGGCAAACAUCCCUCAAGCCCUGCUCCACCUCGCAGAACGUGACAGAGUACCGUUUGGAUGGCCACACCAUUUCGGACCUGAGCAAAGGCAGCAAAGGCGAACUCAUCCCCAUCUCCCCUUGCACGGACAUGAGCUUUGGUACACCGCCUUCUGUGCUUAAGCGGCAGAAGAAGAGGAAAGUCGCACUCUCGCCUGUUCCAGAAGGGUGGACCAGUGGCAACCUCUCUUUCCAGGACUCCUGCAACAGCAUGACGCCUAAGAGCACCCCUGUCAAGACGCUGCCAUUCUCCCCCUCCCAGGUAUGGAGGUGCAAAGAGUGGGCAGCAAGAGUGAGUCAGUGACCGCCUUCAUGCAUGAAAUGUUAUCUUCUGCAAAUCACCCUUUUAUUCUUGAGUGAUGUCCUCCCAUUUAUUAAUGGUUCACUGGAGCUCACAUGGCUUUUAUAUGGAGAUUGCUCACUUGAGUUGGUAAAAUCAAUGGGAAGCAGACAGAAACACAAAAUUUGCUUUAGAGCCUGCUUUCUUAUAGUAUUUUUUUUUUUAAGUCAUGUUAGAUACUCUUCCUACACUUCCAUAUUUAAGUAUACAGCUUGGAAGACCUUUAUCCAAGAAAGAUCAGGGUGUCCUGGUCGCAUGACUUUUGUCAGAGAUAACACAGACUGCUUUAGACCCUCACUCUCCAGACAUAUUUUACAGGUCUUGGACCUACUUGACCACAGAUUCAGCCACUUGUGGUGGAGGAAGGCACAGCCUCCCAUGCUUCCUUAUGGCCAGGUGUUUACAACAUGGAAAACUGUCCUUGGUCAUAUUAUACUGAAAAUGUAAAAUCCAGGGCUCAGGAAUCGCCACUCAAAGCUGAAAUAGAUUUGAAAACCAAUCCGUUACUUAAUCCAAUUCAGCUGAUGUGUGUCAACUCUUCUAAUUUCCUUUCUUUGGCAGUUCCUGAAUUUUUGGACCAAGCAAGACACUCUUGACCUUGAGAACCCAUCUUUAACUUCCACUCCUGUGUGCAGCCAGAAAGUGAUAGUGACUACCCCGCUACAUAGAGACAAGACACCGUUGCUUCAGAAAAACUCGGUGUAAGUAUUUUCUUCCCCUCAUUCUCACUCCAGCGUGUAUCCUGUAGGCUUCACGGAUAUGUCUGGGCCUAGUGUUCAGUGUUGGGAGCACCUAAUCCUACAGUGACACCAGUGAAGCUACAGUGUUGUGGUCUUGGGCAUGAGGGACCACUGUGCGUUCCAUGCAAAUCCCACUGACCUUCCUUUAAGGAAGAGCAUGUGAGCUGGUAUUUUUUAAUUGUUUGGAUAUCUGUUUAUAUUGCUUGUAUGCUUCCCAGUAACAGUGUUGUCUGGGUAGCUUACAAUCAAGGAGGAAUUAGAAUACAACAGUUAAUCGACAAGUUACGAAAUCUAUAAGACCUAAAAAUUCCCGCAGCAAACCUCUCCUCUUCUGUGCUUUCAGAUUUGUGACACCUGAUCAGAAGUACAUCACGGACAAUACACCUCAUACACCCACACCUUUCAAGAAUGCUCUGGAGAAGUACGGACCAAUUAGGCCUUUGGUAUGUCUCUCUCUCUCUCUCUCUCUCUCUCUCUCUCUCUCUCUCUCUCUCUCUCUCUGUGUGUGUGUGUGUGUGUGUGUGUGUGUAUAGCUGUAUAGCUGUUUCGUGGGUCCUACCUGUAUUGCAUUCCAUUGUGCUACUGCUGGGACCGCAGUGCUAUACGUAAUUCUGGACCAAGUCCCCCAUCUUAAGCAAAAACACCAAGCCAGCAUUCAGCAGAAAAAUCCUUACAUUAGUAUAGAAUGAAAUGAUGCUUUGCAUGAAAAUUAAAAGAUUAGCAGAUUUCUAGACUGUAGGCUAGAUUCAACCUGUCAGGUUUUUUGGCCUGUGAGAUGGUGUUCUGCUUAUCUGAACAAUGUUGGUUUUUUAAUAGUUUAACAAAGUAGGUACAAAACAGCAGCUUUCAGUUUCAUUACGGCUCUCAGCAAGCCCAAGCACUUUAAGGCUGGCAUUUUAUUGUAUUUUUCUCUAUUAAGGAAUCAUGCGAUUUCCUUAUUUUUAGAUGUUGUCUUUUCCCUAAAUGGCUAUGGAUGCCAUAUCAGUCAAGCUGUGUAAUAAGGUUAUGGGGACUUGAUCUUGCCACCUUUUUUGGUUCUUCGUAAGGAGGAUAAAUAUCCGGAGGCUAUUGUGCUCCAAUAGUUCUAAGGCUCCUGCAGUUUUUCAGACGCACAGCUCUUCCCUCAAAGCUGCAUGCUGGGCUUUGCCGCUGUCUUUGAGCAUGUAGGUGUUCUUGGGGAAACAUUAGUCCUAAGAGAAGUGUGCCAUGUGAGUCCUUCCAGGUCAGGUUAGCUAAGAGCCAGUUUAGAGACACAGACUUUUGUGCGCUACCAGAAAGAGCCUUUAUCUAUGAUGGAGAUCUGCACAGUGGCUACAAAACAAUUUUAUGUUCUUGGCCUGUGCUACACAUGUACUGGUCACAUAUAUUGUUCAUGAUGGAAAGUCUGGAAGUGCAACUUUUUCUCUUCCUCCUGCAUCCCUAACGCCAGCCUCAAACGCCUAACCUGGAAGAAGAUUUGAAAGAAGUACUACGGAGCGAGGCUGGUAUUGAGCUGAUCAUAGAAGAUGAUGUAAAGCCAGAGAGACAGAAGAGGAAACAGGGUGUAAGUAUAUUGUACAAGUAUGAUCUGCAAGAAAACAGUGCAGUGUGGAGUGCUUCCCUUUAGGGUUUAUCCCCUGCUCAUCAAACCUUCAGUCAGCAUUCAGUGCCCAUUGAGCAGGCUAACUCCUCAUUGAGGUGUUUUUACCAGGAGUAGGUGGGUUCCUCUCAAGGGCGAUAUAGUUUCUAAAUACUUUUGGUACUUCUGCAAACUGCAGAGUUGCUGCAAGCCUUCUGACAGCUCCCUCUUGCGUGUGCAUAGAGCCAUUCUGGCUACAUGAGGACCAGUACUGGAUAAGUGAGAUAACUGCUCAAGUAUGUAAGAGCAGGCUAGGUCAUUGGGACCAUUAGGGUUCUGCAGGAAUUUGAUGCAUCCAGAAUGCUGAGCAUUUGCUAACAGUGUUGGCUGCACCCCCCCCCAAAAAAGUGUGCUGCAGCAUCUUUAAAAACUGGUAAUAAGAUAUUCAUUGUGGACCACAGCAGAUUCUCUUUCCCAAGCUCUAAAAGGAUGCAGUUCUUCCUCAGUUUAUAUUUGUCUACAAGCAUGAUAUUUUGUCUAUAGGCAUUGCAGCUAGCAAAUUCAGGGUAUGGUUUGAAGCCAGCUCUGUACUUCCCUGGUGCUGCAGUCAUAACAGCCAAUGCAUGUAUGUGGUCUGCCAGUUUGUACAUCAUUAUGGUGAAAGGCUGUAGCUCAGUGGUAGAGCACCACUGAUUUUCACGCAGAAGGGCCCACGUUUAAUCACUCACAUAUCUACGUAAGACAUGAAGAGACUCCUGUCUGAAACUCUGGAGAGCCACCGCCACUCAGUCUGGGCUGGGGAACCUGUGGCCCUCCGGAUGUUGCCAGAUUACUACUCCCAUCAUUCUCAGUGAGCGUGGUCAACGGUCAGGGAUGGUGGGAGUUGUGGUCCAGCAGCAUCUGGAGGGCGGAAGGUUCCUCACCCCUGGUGUAGACAGUCCUACAUUAGAUGAACCAGUUGUCUGACUUUGUAGAAGGCAGAUUCCUUUGUUCCUAUGUACCGUAACUGCAGAUAUAGUAGUAUGGAGUCUUCCUGACAGCUGUCAAUUGUGCUCAAAUGAAUUCGUUCUCCAUAACUUACUGGUGCCCCAUGAAGCUUUCCCAGUAGCUCCCUUUGUUCUAAAAUUAGUAUACAAUGCUACUUCAUCCCCAAAUUGUUGCCUACUGUUUUUUUGUUGGGACUUAAAUAUUCUUCUCUUGUCUUUCCAGAUGCACAGGAGUCCCAUUAAGAAGGUCAGGAAAUCUCUAGCCCUUGACAUUGUGGAUGAAGACUUGAAGCUGACAGUUUCCACCACGGCCAAACCUGUUUGCUUCAAAAGAUCUCAGGUGAGUCGUAAUCAGAUGGGUAGUGGUGAUAGUGGGGAGUAGUUUUAGUAACUAGAAACUCUUUAAGAUCAUUUUUAAAAACCACAAGUAUCUGGUCCUCAUUGUUCUGAAUAAAAAAGCUUGGAACAGGCCAAACUAUAUGAGACUUGGGGCAAAUAUCUCACAGGCGUUUGUGUUACCUUUGCCAGAAUGCAACCACAGUGGACUGCAGACUUCAUCAGAGAAGUGGAUGCUUCCUUCCCACAAAAUAUGAGAAACCCGUUUUGAUUGGAAAGAGGGUUAAGUCCCCCAUUCUGCACUCAGCGCUACCUGAAUCAAUUCUGCCCCCCACCUUCAGGUGUAUUUCAGUGAGGAACAAACUAGACAAGGCACUUUUGCUGUGUCUUGUCUAGUUUGGCUUUUGGAUGCCUCCAUAUUUUUUUUGUGGCAAUGGAUAUGCACUGAGGCAGGUCAUAGCUCAGUGGUAGUGCAUUAGAAUACAAAAUGUCUUAAGUUGACUUCCUUGCAGUCGGUCAGAGAAAAAACAUCUGCUGGAGAUUUUCAAGAGCUGCUUCAAGUCAAAGUAGGCCGUACUGGGCUUUGAUUGCCCAGAUGUGUGGACCAGUGGGCAGAGUUUGAAUUUUGAGACAGUAGUGAGGGUGCCAACCAAAAAAUGGCUGCCUUGGGGACAUGACAUAACACAGAAUUAAGAGAGUACAGUCAUUAUUGCUUCUCCUUUUCUGGAUUGUGGAAUGUACAACUGUGAAUGAAUGAAUGAAUGAAUGAACUUUAUUACGGUCACAGACCAGCAUAAGGAGUACAAUUGUGAAAGGCACAAGAACCCUGUUUUCUCCAAUGCCAAUCCUAAACCAAAGUGAAUUCUUAAAGAGGGCUUGGUCUUUAGCUUCUGCACAGUCUAUUGCAGAGUUUUCACAACACACUUAUUCACAGAAAACAAGUUCUAGGGAGUACCUGGUAUCAGAUGAACCUACCACAGGAACACUGCAUUCUGGUUGCUAGGGAAAAAGAAAGGGCAAACACUGGAGAUUCCAAGGAUUACUAAAAAAAAUCAGCCAGAAGCAAGGAAAGUGCAGUAAAGGGGAGGUGGAAACAGCAGCUCAUUAGGACCUCAGGGAUUUCUACCGCCAAGCAACUUGCUUAUCUAUCGCAGCUUUGACUUCGCUGACAGGUGGGAGCAACCAGGCUGACUCAUUUCAGAGACAUUUGCUUAGUGCAUUGCAAGUGCCUUCAGUACUAGAAUUUGGGAAUUCAAAUAAACGGUUUCCUUGUGAGGCAACCCGUGGUGGCACUCAUUUCUGCAAGUGGCAUGUUAGUGACUUGCCUGUCCACGCUAAUGAAUUACCUUGGAACUCUAGGUUUGUUUUUAAUCGAGACGAAUCCCAUAUGGCUUUUAAAAACAAUUGCUGAAUGUUUGACCCUCAUUAAUUCUGAUACAAUAAUCAAUGUUUUGCUUGCUAACGGGGUGCACUUGUGCAGCAGUACAAACCGGCAGGCUACGGCUUUUCUCAUGCAUGCUGUAAAACGGUUAGUCUCUGUAGAGUUGCAGCAAGGCUGCAUUUGGCCCAUGCUUUUAGCAACCAUACCGUGGCAGUCCGUCGAUGAGAGGCUCAGGUUGUUGCAGGUAAAAAGGGUGGUAAAAAUCUGCUGGGCGAUUGGCUCAUAAGAAAUGGGGAAAAUGGGGGGAAAUGCAAGAGAGAGAGAGAGAGAGAGAAAAUAAGAUGAAGCAAGUCUAGGAAUGGUGCUGAAAAAAAGAACACUUUGGAAGUUGGUAAAGCCAACCCGUUUCCUUGUGACAUGUUUACAGUGGAACCUUGGUUCUUUGAACUUAAUCCAUUCCGGGUGUCCGUUCGACUCCCGAAACCAUUUGAAAACCAAGGCGUGGCUUCCGAUUGGUUGCAGGAGCUUCCUGAACUCAAGCGGAAGCCGUGUCAGAUGUUCGGCUUCCAAAAAAUGUUCACAAACUGGGAUACACACUUCUGGGUUUGCAGUGUCUGAGAGCCGGUUUGUUCCACAACUAAGCAGUUCAGGAACCAAGGUAUCACUGUAUUACGUUAACAUCUAUAGUAAGGGGCAGCUAAUAUGAUGCCACCAAAGAAUUGAUGCUUUUGAAUUACGGUGCUGGAGGAGACUCUUGAGAGUCCCAUGGACUGCAAGAAGAUCAAACCUAACCAUUCUGAAGGAAAUCAGCCCUGAGUGCUCACUGGAAGGUCAGAUCGUGAAGCUGAGGCUCCAAUACUUUGGCCAUCUCAUGAGAAGAGAAGACUCCCUGGAAAAGACCCUGAUGUUGGGAAAGAUGGAGGGCACAAGGAGAAGGGGACGACAGAGGACGAGAUGGUUGGACGGUGUUCUCGAAGCUACCAGCGUGAGUGACCAAACUGCGGGAGGCAAUGGAAGACAGGAGUGCCUGGCGUGCUCUGGUCCAUGGGGUCACAAAGAGUCGGACACGGCUAAACAACAACAACAAAUAUGAUGCCUUCCAGGUCUUUUGAACUACAAUUCAUAUUAUUCCUGAUCAUUGGCCAUUUUGGCUGGGGCUGAUAGGAAUCUGGAGUCCAGCAACAUCUGCAGCGUGUCGUGUUGGCUACCUCUGAUGAAUCCAUAUGCAUUGUUGCCCAACUGCGCCCUUAGGUGGAACUUGUUUUGUGUGCUUCUGAUUUGUGUAUAUAUGCGUGUUUUCUCAUAAAUACAUAUCCCAUUGAGUUCAGUCAUAUUUAAUCCUGGUUGUGUGCUUAAGCAUUAUAGUCUAAACAUCUUCAGAAGCAUACUGCACAUUUCAUAGAAGCAGGGAUUGGAAUUUUGGAUUUGUACCACUUAAGACCAAGUAGGACAUUUUAUAUUGAAUGCUCCCUGAAAACACUUGCAUAUAACUUCUAGGUUAGUGAGUCAGAAUUUUUUUAAAAAUAUUGCUCUCCCCACUCCCAAAUAAGAUGAAUUUUGAAGUGUUACAGUGCAAUACACCCUCUCAUUUGUGUAACAUUUACACAAAUGUUGACUUUCACAUUUAUGAUUCUUGGAGGAUGGGAGACCUGGCUGCUCCAGCUUGUUCAUGAAUUCACUGGGUAGACUUGGGCAGCAGGCCUGUUAACAGAAUCCUGAGAUACUUAAAAAAAACAACCCCCCAGCUUAUUAGGGUCAGCUGUCAGUCAUAGGAUAGUGAGCUGGCAAAGGCAGGUGUAGUGGUUAGCAUGUUGGAGUUGCGUGACUUUAGCCUUGUGCAGAAUUACCUGGGAAUAUGCUCCAUCGAACGCAGUACUCCUGAUUGUACAAAAGCACUUUAGCCUGCUGAAUUGCAACCUUUGGCUUUUAAUUAAAAUGGAAGCAACCUUGCAAAUAAGUGUUGGCAUUUAAAUUGCAAGCACGUUUCAGGAACCCCACCCAAGGACAGUAUUCUGCUCAAUUAUUUUCCUCCCGAUUUCUACUGUAAAACUUGAAAACCUUGUUUUUCACCUUGUUCGCAAGAAAGGUCUUUCCGUUAUCCUGGUGCUCCGGCAGAUGAUGUUGCUCCUCCUCUGAAAGCAUCCUGGAGCUGCAGUUUCCUGUGGCCACCAUUUCUCUUCUACCCACACCAGUGUUCACACGACACACUACAUGGUGUGGGAGGAGUCUGUGAGGGUUCACACUGCCUCUCCUGGGCUUACCAAGGGGCUGUAUAAGAGCCAGGCUUAAGUCCAAUCAACACAGACAGCACAAUUUGCUAAGAUACCCAUAUUCUAACCUGCCAAAAAUGUUCAAGUAUUUCUCCACAUGCAUUGUGACGAGAAAGUUGAAACCAUUGGGAGUCCGUAGAAGCUACUGUUUUCUGCGACCAGCAGGCAACCCUAUCUCUUACCCUUCCAUCAUGAUAUAAAUGGUUGUGGAUUUUUUUUGGGGAAAACUGCCCUUGUUCUAUGACUCAUUUGUGCAGCGAUUGGAACAAUACGCACGAUACUGUUAUCCAUCAGCCGUGUUGCCUAACCUCCUUGCCGGCAGGUGUCCAUGACAAUUAACUAUGGAGUAACACCAAAGGUUGAGUUUUUCCAUUAUUCCACAGUAAUAGUUACAGAGUUUCUUAGUCACAGAGAGCCACUGCCGAAUAUGAUGCUAGACUGCACAGCAUUAGGCUAUCGGGCUUAUUGUUCUGAUCGCUGCCCCAGUGAUUGAUUACAAAGUCCGCUUUUUCUCUAGGAAACUUGCACCGUGACAGAAAGAUAAGAGAAACUUGAUUACAUUAAACAUUUGCUUCUUUGCCUGCUGCCGCCGCCUCCUUUUUCUAAAAAGAGGAUUUGGGAGGGAAAUGAAGCAAGUUAAUCUCAGCAAUGCCAUUGGUUGUAACUUUCGUUUUUCCCUUUGGUUGGUUGCAGUCUGUGAACUUCCUUCCGCAGUCCCUAAACCUCUCUUUGUCAAGCAGCAGGAAUGACAGCAGCUUGCUCAACAGGGGGUUUGUGCAUGUGAAGGCAGAGAAGGCCCCGUCUUCCAAGAGAAUCCAAAGCAAAUUCAGACCUCCUCCUCUGGUAAGCACAGUCCGUUGGGGAAACUUUGCAGGUGCCACAGUUAUGGAGAUUUGAGAGACUUGCAGUACCAGAACCUGCCAUCUCCAUGAGCUUUGUGAAUGUUGUGCCUUGCUCAAGUGCCAGGCAACAAGGUUGUAUGCCUGUUAAUGAUUUUGCAUUUCUUAAAUGAAUUAAGGUCCAUUGUGGAGUUUAUGAAGAAUUGUGAUGGUUAAUUUUUCCAUCAUUUGACUAGAGUCUGCUUAGUCACUAUUUCCCAUAUUGUUGUGUACAAGCUUAAAACAAAAUCACCUAUGUGAGCCAGUGUGGUGUAGUGGUUAAGAGCGGUAGAUCCAUAAUCUAGGGAACCGGGUUUGCGUCUCCGCUCCUCCACAUGCAGCUGCUGGGUGACCUUGGGCUAGUCACACUUCUCUGAAGUCUCUCAGCCCCACUCACCUCACAGAGUAUUUAUUGUGGGGGAGGAAGGGAAAGGAGAAUGUUAGCCACUUUGAGACUUCUUCGGGUAGUGAUAAAGCGGGAUAUCAAAUCCAAACUCCUCCUCCUCUUCUUCUUCUUCUUCUUCUUCGGAGGUGGUGUUCAGUGAACCUUUACUCAGAGUAGACUCACCGAAAUUUGAGCCCAGAAUCUAGGUUAUAAAUAAGUGGGCGGAGUUUUUAAAACAAAAUUUUGUUGAUAAAGAAUCAAGUGGGGUUGGGGAGAGAGAGAGAUUAUCCUCCAGUCCCAGGUUCCAUCAAUAUUAUUUACCAUGGUAUUUUGUGUGAGCCUUCUAACCUUGCUGAAAAGUUGUUUUCUUAAAUUGAUGGGCAUAGAAGCUGCUUAAAAGUUUGUGGUGAGGCACCUGAAAUUUCACAGCAAAUGAAUAACUUGUAGCCCCAAUUGUGACACUGACUCCAGCAGUAUGAGUCUUCGGGUUCCCUGCUUUUUGGAGUGGUGCCACUGGGGUUAACCACAGAUGACCACCGCCAGAUGUAAUUGUGGUUGUCAUUCUGCGAAUGUGGUUUUGCCCAGUCACCUGACUGGCUUAUUUUUAAUGGUCUUGAGAUUUUCAGUCAUUAAUCUUUCCUGGCAUUGCUACAGCAGUUAAUGCAUAAUAUUCAGGGAAUGGGUCUUAGGAAUGUAGGAAGUUGCCUUAUACAUGGUCAAUCCAUUUAUUCCUUUUAUCUUAGGGUCCUUUUUAGCUGGAGAUGUUUGGGGUUGAAUUUGGGACCUCAGCCUGUUAAGAGUAUGCACUUGAACACUGCUUGCCCCCUCCUGCUUCCCUAUCCCAACUCUCACCCUGUGCAACACUUGAGUAAGCUGUACAACUUCUUGCCUGGCAGGUUAUGCCUCUGAAAAUAUGAUCCAAAAUGAGUGAACGUCCUUCUUUGAAGAAAUUGUGCAGUUUGUUCGGAAUUCAGGAUUGCUUUUCAAAUUCAGUUUGUGUGUGUGUGUGUGUGUGUGUGUGUGUGUUUGUGUGCGUGUUUGUGUGCGUAAAGUAUGCAGCCUUAUAACAGCAAAGAGCCUGCUUUGGAGACAGCGAAGGAAGAGAUACAGCACUGGUGUCUAAAAUCACGCCUUUAGUGGGGUGGGGAUGGGGUGGGCAAGUGAAUGUGGCUGGGCCUAUUGGGACUUGGGCUCCCAGGAAACACAUAAUUAGGGCUAUCAAUACAGGGCAAUGUAUCCAACAAAGCAGUUCCAUUAAUGUAAGAAUUUCAGUUUGCACAGCAGAACUUAUGCAUCCCUAGUGCCCUACACUGAUCUGUUCUGCAAGGUUGCUGGAACUCCCAGAACAGUUAAAACUAUGGAAUUGCUUCCCACUGGAGGCAGCGAUACCUGUGGAAUUGUAUGGCUUUACAAGAGGAUUAGAGAAAUUCAUAGAGGUCAAGUCUAUUGAUGGCUAUGUUCGGCCUCCGCUGCCAGAGGCACUAUGCCUCUGAAUACCAGCUGCUGCGAAUUGCAGGUGAGCAGAGUGUUCUUGCUCACAGGCUUCCCACAGGCAUCUGGUUGGCCACUGUGGGAACAGGAUGCUGGACUAGAUGGGCCCCUGGCCUGAUCCAGCAGGCUCUUAUGUUCUUAAAGGAUUUAGGGGGCAUGCGAGGAAAGGAGAUGGAGGGGAAGCUCUAUUGUGCAGUGAAAAGCCCUUGCAGCGUUUCCCAAACUUGGGCCUCCAGCUGCUUUUGGACUACAGUUCCCAUCAUCCUUGACCACUGGUCCUGCUAGUUGGGAAUGAUAGGAGUUGUAGUCCAACAACAGCUGGAGACCCAACUUUGGGAAACCCUGCUCUAACAAAGCUACCUUAUGUUGGAUACAGCCCUGGGACAGUAGACAUUACAUGGCUUAAACCCACUGAAGCCUUUCAAGUAAACCCACCCCACCCCCCAAAAUUACUAGUCCUCUAUGCAUUUAAGUUCUUUGUAGCACAUCAGUGGUCAAUGAGAAGUUCGGGGACUCAUUCUCAACUUUUUACAAAAGCUUCCCUAUGGGUUCACCUGAGCCAAUUCUGACUCCUGAGUGAGAGGCUAAUUCACAAAACUGCAUCAAGAAGCUUUCCCCAAAAGUGUGCUUGCUUGCUUAUUUUCUCUUCUCUUCUCUUCCUUAGAUGUCCAGUGCUUGGAAAACAGUGGCUUGUGGUGGUUCCAAAGACCAGCUGAUCAUGCAAGACAAAGCUCGACAGGUCUUGGGCGUGUUGAAACAGAACCACACAUCACGGACAUUAAUCUUAUCUUGAAGAACUCUUGUAAACUCUUGUAGCCAUGGGUGGAGGGAGGGAGAGGAAGAGAACCGAACCUGGAAUGGCAUUCUUAUACCAGCUCCUUCUUUGUGACUCCUGAGCUUUACCAUAGAUGUCCUUGUUUUGAUUUAUUGCUCUAAAUUCUGGGUUCUAAGCAUGAUAUAGAGAACAAUGUUCAGAAGAGAUUUUUUUUUUUUUUUUAAGUUUGGCAACAGCCCUGCAUUAAUUGAGCUGAGACAUUCUCACUUCCCUUGAGAAACCUUCUCUACCUCCCUUUUCAUUUUGAUAAAAAAGAAUCAGUUGGUUUGCAAAGAGGGACAUAAGAGAAGUGAAUCAAUUCACGGGGAAGAGAAAGCCCUGGACUUUUGGAUUUGGUUUUGCCUUCUUUGAGUUUCUUCAAGUGUAAUUAUGCUUAAAGUCCCUGCCCAUUCCAUCUGGCUCUUUUGGAACUUUUGUCUGAUGGUAACGGGCAAAGGGAUUGAAAUGGAAGGAAGAAGAACUGCUAGCAGUUGGAAAUGUCUGCAAUACGCUCUUUAGAUUAGACAAACUCUGUGAACUGGGAUGUGGUCUGUUGCACUAUGUAAAGGUAGGCAUCAAAACAUCUUCUCCAGAGUAUUGCAGUCUUAAGAAUAUCAAAAUCACUGCCUCCAAAGAGGUACACCAUUGCCUCUUACCCUGAUCUGCUAUUGCUUGCAUAUGAUGUUGUGGUUUGCUUCUGAGUAUUUUAUAUUUCCAAGUCCACCAGAUGGUGCUGAUGCCAAUCUUUUCACUCCAGCUCUGAUAUAAGGAAAGGUGCAGGCUGCUUGAAGCGAGCUGGUCUGCUCAGUGCUGGGAGAGUUAAUCGGCUUUAUCCCUUCACAACUGCUAUGGUAAAAGGAGCUUUUGCAGAGAUCUGUGUAAAUCACAUGUGAGUGAAAGUCUGGCUCAUACCCCUUGAAAGAAAGCGUGUCCUAGAUAAGAUACGUCUCUGUCUUGCAGUACUUGUCUUCAGUCAUGUUAUAGAUAGGUUCUUCAAAGCACUCUUACACUUUGCUUCAGAUUAGUUUGAUGUAAUCCCCGGGAAAGCAAUUCAAACAGAUCUUCCCCAGUGUAUCAACCUUUUCCUUUUAAUGGCCUCCACUAACCAGGCCUGAGCUGAAACAACAGAGGCCAGAGAUUAAUGUGGUUCUGUGUUGUAUACUUCACAGCACUUCAUUGUCUAGGGCUUUGUAUUCUUCCUGGGUAUAUCAUGAGUUGUGUUGUCAGAUGAAUCUUGCAGAAGGAGACAUUGUGAAAACUGCAUUGUUAACUGAAUCAGUUCUAGAUGCCUAAAAUGAAUUGCAAAUUGGUGACCGAUACCACAGAUUUCCAUGCUUCCCAACCAUCUGAUGUAUGCUAACAGCCACUUCACACAUUUUCGUUUUUACAGCUAUAUAGAUGAAUGACAAAUAAGUUAGCAAAUGCCUGCAUCAAACAGGUACACUAGGCAGGAAGUGGUGAUUGGCUGUGGUCCCCAUUGACUAACCAAUGCUUGCCUUUGCAUAAUAUGUGAAAUAAUCCUUGCAACCAGUGUAGUGCAUUGAUUUAGAGGACAAUCUGGGUGUAGGAAGUCUAGUUGUAUAAGAGCAGCUCUGCUGGAUCAAACCAAAGGCCGGUCUGGUCCAAUAUCCUGUAUCCCAUAAUGGCCAAUCAGAUGCCUCUGGGGAGUCCACAAGUAAUAUAGUUGUUUCUGAGCAACUGGGACACAGGCAUGGUUUCUCUGAUUUUGUAGGUACCAUAGCCAUCAUGAUAAGUAGCCAUUGAUACCUCCCAUGAAUUGAUCUAAAACCCCUUUAAAGUUGUCUAAAUUGGUGGCCAUCUUCGCAUCUUGUGGAAGUGAAUCCCAUAGUUUAGCUAUGGGAUUUGUAGCUCAGUCAGAAGUGCUUGGACAUUUUAAGUGUGCAUCUACAUCCUGCACCAGAUGGUGGGUGCUUUAAUGCACAUGUUUGGACAAAGAAAAUGGAUUUGACCAAUGCCUCUGCAACAUGUGCUUAUGGAGGGCGGCAUGUUUCUCUUAUCUCUCCAUCGUUCAGUCUUUGAAAUAGCACUUUAAGUCAACCUGUGCUGAAGAGCUUAUUGGAUCGCUCUGGGCAAGCAAGACCCCGUUUCUCAGCCUAACCUGCCUCAUGGGAUGGAUGAAAGACAAACAGCGUGGCUUUGAAUUUUUUUGGGGGAAGGAACUGUUAUGAAAGUAAGACUACUUCGUGGGAAGAUGUCACAGUUCGUUCCGAUGUAAAUGCCUGUUUAGAAAAAACAGGUGAGGUUUUCUUGGUGAAUAAUUAGUAUUAUUUUUGCUUUAAGAAUUUAUCUUUCUUAGAACCACUCAUGGCUAAAACCCUAAAUAAAUUAUCAUUCAUUGUAAAAAGUGAGGCCGAUUUGAUUUGGAGUCUGCUCUAAAUUAAAAGAUUAUGAUGAAGGUAUUAAAAGCCAUUUCUAAUCCCAUAAAUCUGAUUCU